AUGGCAGAAUACUGUUUCGUGGAACUUUAUAACGGAGUUCAUUCAAAGGCAAUGGAAGAGAGCCUGCUUCGGAAAAUCAAGGAUUGCAAUCUCAGCGCUGGGCAACAAACUUCUUACGAGGAUGAAUGGAAACAGGUUAGUGAUUGCGAAGUCGAUAUAGGGGGUGAGAUUAGUGAGAAGAAGAUAUCCAUUAACGAUGCAAGACUCAAUGAAUCUAUCUUCUGA